GUUGGAUUUCGAUGGGAAUUACAUCAUUUUUAUUGCACCUUUCUUUGAUAAUAUGAAAUUGACAAAAAGAAUAUCAAAUUGGAAAUCAAUCAAUAUGAAACUUGUACUUUUCCUGUUGAAAAUAGCGAACGGGUCUUCGGUGUCCUCGUACUGUACUGUUACAUUUGCAGUAUAAGCUGCAAGUACAUGUAUUUCUUGAUUAUAUAAGGAAAGACAAUGUUAUCUAUCAUAGCAUUAUCAUUAUGGGAAGACUAGAAAACUUUAGUUGACUGUUGUAUUAUUACAAGUAAAUGAAAUGACGUCACGAUCAUUGUUAGAAUAUAGACACGUCCUUGACAACAGGUCAUUGUCGGACGCGUCGAACGUAGAGACGCCAACGGACAAACGCUACCUUGGUAGCAAGACAAACUUUCGACGGUAUUCGGUCAGAAAGUUCGUCAUCACAUUCAUAGCAUAAUGGAGGAUGAAAACAAACUGAGUUCUGAGUCUCCCACAAAGAAAUUGAAGACAGAAGCCGAAGUAUCAACUACUGAAGCCCACAUGGUUGUUCAUGGCAUGUCCAGUGUGAGGAAUGACGAAUCAGCCUCCUCGACCCUGCGAUGCCUUGCGAGGAUACCCUCGUCGUCUCAAGAAAAGCCAGAUGCAACAAAAGUGCUGGAAACGGCCAAACAGCCCUUAAAGAUAAUCCACCCGAGAACCCUCUUCACUCAAACCCCGAGAAGAGAAACUGUGUACGCCACAACGACGCCCCUGCACCUUGUGGGCACCUCCACCACCACGGCAUUGGCCCUUCAAAACGCCGUGAACACAUCGGCACCCCACUCAAGCCUUGUGGCCGUUAAUAACGGGAUAAGGAACAUAUCGGCUGCAGGGACAGACCCCAUCGAGCAAGCACGGGAGAGUCAUGUGAAGCGUCCCAUGAACGCCUUUAUGGUGUGGGCCCGGAUCCACCGGCCAGCCCUCGCCCGCUCUCACCCCAGGGCCAACAACGCGGACAUCAGCUGCCAGCUCGGGGAGAAGUGGAGUCACGAGCUCACCAACGAAGACAAGAAACCUUAUUAUGAAGAGGCGUGUCGCCUGAAGUCACUGCACAAGAAGGAUCACCCAGGAUGGGUGUACCAGCCGAGGCCAGUGAAGAGAAAGAAGAUGGCAUCACCUCCCUCAGUGCUGUACCCUGGGCGGGCAGUUUUCCAGUACAGAGCCACGAAUGGUGUGACGUACCCACUUCUUCUGCCUGCGCGGCCACCGGGCACCCUUUCUGCUGCUUCAGGACAGAUGCCGUCUGUGGCAUACCGGGUCGUGACGUCCGUCCCGUCCACGGCACCAGUGCUCAUGCCUCCAGCAAAGCAAGCUACGCUCAGCGGAGACGAGUACAUCAUGCAGCGUUUUCUCAGUGACCUGACUACGUCGGCCUCUCAAGCUACAAAGUUUUUGCAGCCAACUUCUCCUGUACAGGGCAGUCCUGCGCUGGGUCUCACGAGGAAGGCCGUGCCGUCGAAAGUGAUUAAAAUCGCCAGCGUCUCUUCGUAUUCCUCCACCGCCACACAUGGGCAGGCGCCCUCGGGCAACAAGGUAGGCUUGCCGCCUAAGCAGCUUGGGGGUACCGUCACUUUCACCGACGACUGGCACCGACGGGUCACUACGGACGACAAGCCCGAGGACCACCGAGACCCGCUGGUUCACGCGUCCAAGGGGCUCCGCCAAGACGUCGUCAUGUCAGCGGUGAACAAACCAACAGGGGCGGGCACGAAUAACCCUGUGGGCACGUCCAGCCACGACAUCCAAAACAUCGAGAGAGACAUGACGGACUUCGACGAAGGCAUCUUCGCGUCCCUUGAUGGAACCGAGGGAGAAGGCACCUCCAUGGAGAACCACCCGCCCUCCGGAGAACCUCUGGACCCCCUCGGCGCCUUUUCAGAAGUGGAGCUGGACACCUUCAUUUCCGAUAUCUCACAUGAAGGGCCAGCCGGUGUCAGUGCGCAGAGCACGCUGCAGCCAACCUCCGACCCCUCCAAGGCCCCAAGCCUGUCAGAACUGUUGAAGCAAUAAUAGCUCAGAAAAUCUAAUCUUCAAUCGAGACAACAUAUGUUUGUAACAGUUGUGAAUGUACAACAGUAUAGAUUUUUAAUGAGUCAUCAUUGAGCGAAGUUUUCCACUAAGUACAACUUGUAAAUAGCAAGUGAUGGCACUUCUUCAAUGUGUCACAAAAUAAUUCAUUGGUAACCUUUGAUUUUAGUGAAGUUAUUGUUCAGGUCUGGGAAAUCUUUCCGAAAAGUUUUGUGCGGUGGUCGCAUGGCAACUAAAAUAAAAUUGACUAUACA